AUGGGGCUGUGCGGGCGGGGCUGGAGGUGCCUCGGGGUCCUUCGGCUGCCGUGCGUGGCUGCCGGAUCGGGCCCCCGCCUGCUCAGUGUCUGGGCCCGAGGCGCUGGGGAGCCCCUGGCCCGGGCGGGCUCGUCCUGUGGCCAGUGCCCUCGGACCGGGGCCCCGCCCAGCCAAUGGGCCCCCCGCGGGCCGGGCAGCGCCCCCCGCCGCCAGGCCUGGCCUGGGCUCCAGCAGGCGCGAGGGGUGGCGCGCCCCAACCCUUUCACGCGGGGCCAGGAGCAGGAGUGGAGACGCAGGAACAGGACCGUCCUGACCUACAUCGCCGCCGCGGCCGUGGGCAUGGUGGGCAUGUCCUACGCGGCCGUGCCGCUCUACCGCCUCUACUGCCAGGCUACUGGACUAGGUGGGUCAGCAGUAGCAGGCCAUGAUUCAGACCAGAUUGAGACUAUGGAACCUGUUAAAGAUCGCAUCAUUAAGGUCACUUUCAAUGCUGAUGUGCAUGCAAGUCUACACUGGAAUUUUAGACCUCAGCAAACAGAAAUAUACGUUGUACCAGGAGAGACUGCACUAGCAUUUUACAAAGCAAAGAAUUCUACAGACAAACCAGUAAUUGGAAUCUCUACGUAUAACGUGGUUCCAUUUGAAGCAGGACAAUAUUUCAAUAAAAUACAAUGCUUUUGUUUUGAAGAACAGCGGCUUAAUCCCAAAGAGGAAGUGGACAUGCCUGUAUUUUUCUUCAUAGAUCCUGAAUUUGCUGAGGACCCAAGAAUGGCCAAUGUUGAUCUGAUCACUCUUUCUUACACUUUUUUUGAAGCAAAAGAAGGACACAAAUUGCCACUCCCAGGUUAUCAAUAAUAUACUAUCUAUACAACAAAUGAGUAGUUUCUUUGGUACCUGGCAGCCAAAUGAUGUCAGCUUUGUAAAACACAUUCUUCGAAAGACACAAGGAGGAUAUGAAACGCCACAUGGAACUACUGUACAAUAUGAAUUUGUAUUUUAAAUUAUUAAACCAUGGCAGAUAUGCUCUUAA